AUGAAUGACCCCGAGAGAAAGAGCAGCGUGGCUCGCUUGCUCAAUGCUGUUGAGUGUGACCUAGCGGCUGGCAGCGAGAAGGGUGAUCCCACCGAGAAGCAACUGAAAGUUGUCCUGGAAGAUGCGAAUCUUUGGCAAAAGUUCAAAGCAGUCACCAACGAAAUGAUUGUCACCAAGAAUGGAAGGCGGAUGUUUCCAGUUUUGAAAAUAAGCGUAUCUGGAUUAGAUCCAAAUGGCAUGUAUUCAUUCCUGCUCGACUUUGUUGCUGCUGACAAUCAUCGUUGGAAAUAUGUGAAUGGUGAAUGGAUCCCAGCUGGUAAACUGGAACCCUUGACACAAAGCUGUGUUUACAUCCACCCUGAAUCCCCCAACUUUGGUGCACACUGGAUGAAAGCACCAAUAUCUUUUAGCAAAGUCAAGUUAACAAACAAAGCCAACAGUACUGGACAGGUAAUUCUAAAUUCUCUGCACAAAUACAAGCCCCAGGUUCAUAUUGUACACGUAGGGGGCCCUCACAGGAUGGUUUCCAACCACUCUUUCCCUGAAACCCAAUUCAUUGCAGUAACUGCAUACCAGAAUGAAGAGGUAACAGCUCUGAAGAUUAAGAAUAAUCCUUUUGCAAAAGCAUUCCUGGAUUCAAAAGAAAGAAGUGACCACAAUUAAGAUGAUUCAGGUUUAGGAACCAGUUAUAAGGAUGACCUUGCUGGAAAUCACCACAUGGGUUGUUCUCACAUAAGCAGCUGGUUGAUACCUAAUGGUGAGACUAUUUGUACCUCAGCAAAUCCAAAUUAUCAGUACCAUGCUGCUUUACCACUUCCUAGUGGUGCCCACUCAUUCCAUAGCUGUGAGCGAUACAGCCCAAGGCACAGUCACCUCGCCUCUCCAUAUCCAACAUCCUACGUGCACAGAAAUUACCCAACAGUGCCCUUUGCAGAAAACACCGGUAACAGCCUUCAGCCCCUACCAGGGCACGACAACUGGUCAACCUUGCCACCUCCUCCACAUGCCAGCAUGUUACCACUGACUCAAUCUGGAUCUGGAUCCAAUUCCAGCCAGUAUACAUGCCACUGGACUGUGGGCAAUCGUUCAGUAAGUCCAACUAACCAACUGAACUCAGCUGCUGGAAACCCGCAAAGUCCAUUUAUUCGAGGAAACCUGAGCUUGCCACCAACUCCUUCGUCCUUGGUCACUGUGACGAGUUCCAAUGGGGCAGCGAUGGAGAUGAUCAGUGAAUCCCCACUAACCAGGCUUGUGGUAUCAUCAUGGAGCUCAGGUUCAUCCCCGUCUUUCUAAUAGUUUACCGCAUCUGACACCUGAUUACUGUGGUCAUCUAUUUCAGCCACACAAUUAACUUUUAUCUGCUUACGUUUAUCUAGUUGUUUUCUAGACUUAAAAAAUAUCUUAAAGCAAGAAUGAUUCCCAAAAGGAAUACAUAACAUUUUGCGUUAGAAGGUGCCCUCUCCGGCUGAAAAUCUGUCUGCUUGCCACGGUUAAUCCAAAGCAAAGGACUGAAUGAUCACUGUUCAGUUUACACUGAAUCUGUUAUUAAAGUGUAAAAUUAAAUCCUAUCAUAAAAUCCAAGUUGGGGAAAGAUUAAAAUGAUUGAGUUGAAGUGUGACCCAAUGACAUUUUCUCAACUGUAUAUAAUGGAAUUAUUCUGAAAUUGGGGAUGCCUAUUUUUCACAAGCUCUUCAAACAAAAGUAGUGGCUGGUUGAUGGUGAGUAGGGCCUGUUUCCCUGCUGUAUCUCUCGAUGGCUCUGAGUUCAUCUUCCAUUCGUAGUGGCUUAUAUUUUAACCCCAAGAUACCUUGCUAACUUUCAACUAGAUAUGAAAGGCUCCAUUGGAUUGUUCUGUUACUUUCCCAUGCAGUUUGCACGACAGUUGGAUAACAUUUAGGAUUUAAUUUCAAAUGAAAAUUACUCCGUUCUGAUAGAUUUUUAUAGUAGUAACUAAUAAAACAUCCACAGCUCCGCAGCAAUUUAAUUAGCAGG